AUGCCAUCUAGAGAGUCCUACGAGGUUCACAAGGAAGAGAAGUCCUUGGUGCAGAAGGCCAAGCGAGAGGCCAAUCAGGAGGAUAUCUUGGUGGCUGCUUUGGGGAUGAGGAUGGGGCCACAGAAACCUCCAGCCACUUUCUGGCAGCCACUUAAACUAUUCGCCUAUUCACAGCUCACUUCACUGGUACGCAGAGCCACACUGAAGGAGAGCGACCGCACACCCAAAUCUGAGAAAGUCCACAACUUCAAGGUCCAUACCUUUCGAGGGCCUCACUGGUGUGAACACUGUGCCAGCUUCAUGUGGGGACUAAUGGCCCAGGGGGUCAAAUGUGCAGAUUGUGGUUUGAACGUCCACAAACAAUGUUCAUCUCUGGUACCCAACGACUGCAAGCCAGACCUGAGACACAUCCGUAAAGUCUACAGCUGUGACCUCACGACCCUUGUGAAAGCUUAUAAUACAGCGCGUCCCAUGGUGGUGGACAUGUGCAUACGAGAGAUCGAGUCCAGAGGACUGAAGUCUGAAGGCCUCUACAGAAUAUCUGGAUUUAGUGAUUCAGUGGAGGAAGUCAAGAUGGCAUUUGACAAAGAUGGUGAGAAGACAGACAUCUCAGUGAACGCCUAUGAAGACAUCAAUAUCAUCACGGGUGCUCUGAAACUGUACCUCAGGGAUUUGCCUGUUCCCAUCAUCUCAUACGAUGCUUACCCCAGGUUCAUCGAGGCUGCAAAGCUCACACACCCAGAAAAGAAGCUGGAAGCUUUCCGCGAGGCUCUUGCUCUGCUGCCGCCAUCACACUGUGAAACUCUCAAGUACCUCAUGGCACACUUAAAAAGGGUAACGCAGAAUGAAAAAUUCAACCUGAUGAACGUAGAGAACCUCGGCAUCAUUUUCGGGCCCACCCUCAUGCGUGCACCAAACCUGGACGCCAUAACAGCACUCAAUGACAUCCGCUACCAGAGACAGGUGGUGGAGGUGCUCAUUAAAAAUGAAGAUAUACUCUUCUAAACACAAAUCAGGACUUUUAUAAAACAGUUG